AUGGCCAUAACCAAAGAAGCAUACCUGGGACCAACAACGCCAGAAUGCGUCGGCGAUGGACGCAUGCUGCUGACACUGUCACUCAAAAUCCGUCCCGAAGCUACAUAUUCUUUGCCAAAAGCUCUUCAAUUGGCGUGGUAUGCUGUCCUCGGCGCUUACACGGGCUCAAAAAAUGUCAGCUUUGACCUUCUUCAACUUGACGACGAGACCGUCAUCGCCGGGCAGGCUGCUGUCGGCAGCACGGUCAAAGUCAGCCUUGCGCGACACGACACUGUACUGGUUGCUAUGGACAAGAUGUCGCAACUCGAAAGCUACACCGGCGGUGAGCCUUCCGACACCCUAAUAGCUCUCUCCGAAGCAGAAGCACUAGCACCUCGGAGCCAGACGUACGCGCAAUACCAUCUGGCCGUUGAGGCUUUGAUGAUGGAGGAACUGGUGCAUCUCCGCGCCGUCUACGAUGCCUCGGUGUGGUCCUCAGAGACGAUUCAUUUUACAUUGCAUCAGAUUCAUCAUGCCAUGGACGUGAUGGCUGAAUCAUUGUCGGUGCCAGUUUCCGCAUUGCAGGAGAUCGGCGUUGAGAGCCAGAGGCAAUUGAUGGACUGGGAUCGAGCGCAACCGUGGCGACCAUCCCUGGAGACUGUAUGGCCUGCAGUCGAAAAAUGUUGCAAGAACCAUCCUCACAAAAUGGCGAUUGAGUCUUGGGAUGGCCGGAUCACAUAUGGCGAGCUCGAGCAGCGGGUCUCUGCCGUUGCCUACAAGCUCGCGCAACUCGGGUUGCAGCCGGGCGCAUUUGUAGGCUUGCUACUGGAUAAAUCAGCAAUGGCAACGAUUGCCAUCCUUGGAGUCAUCAAGGCUGGGUAUGCAUUUGUGCUGCUUGACUCGUCGCAGCCAACCCAACGACUGAAGACCAUGUGCUCAAUAACCGCCGUUGCGACGAUCGUGGCCACACCAAGGAACGCAGAAGCAGCCUCGAAGCUUGGGAUAGCCUACCACUCGACAGAAAGCUUCUCAAUGUCGGCGCCCUCGAACAGUAUGUUACAUACCCAGCCGCAGGCCGGCAGUCCCUUGUAUGCCGGGUUCACCUCGGGAAGCACUGGCGAGCCCAAGGGAUUUCUCAUUCAGCACGGGAACUUCAUGAGCGGUCUUGAUGAGUACUGUUCAAGCCUAAACCUCGAACUUGAAUCGAGGGUGUUUCAAUUUGCUUCGUACUCAUUCGUUGUCAGCAUCACAGGCCAACUGGCGCCUCUCACUCGUGGUGCUUGCCUGUGCGUGCCAUCACAGUCCCAGCUUGAACAUGACCUGGCAGGUGCGAUUCGAGAUCUUGGAGCAAACUGGCUUGCCAUUACCCCUUCUGCUGCCCGUAUUCUAGACCCUGCGGAAGCUCCGUCUCUUGAGACAGUUGUCAUGGUCGGAGAGGAGAUGUCGCCAUCAGACCUGGCCAAAUGGAGCCAUUUGAAUCUGUACUCGCUCUACGGCCAGUCCGAGAAUUCCAAGGGAACCAUGAUUGGCGCAAAGGCGGGACGACAUGCCACGAAUGGUAUCGGGAUACCAUUCUAUGCCAAUGCCUGGAUCGUGCAUCACGAGGAUCACGAUAUUCUCCUCCCCAUUGGGGCGGAAGGCGAGUUGGUUAUCGAGAGCCCAUGCCUUACCAAGGGAUACAUCAAUAACACUGCCCAGACUGAAGCAUCGUUUAUCACAAAUCCUAAAUGGGUGAAGAGUAUUGGGCGAAAAGACAGUGUCUGCAUCUUCAAGACGGGCGAUUUGGCAAGGCGCAAUGCAGCAGACGGCUCCUUCCAGCUUCUCGGGAGAAAGGGUACGAGGGUCAAGAUCCGCGGCCAGCGCGUGGAGCUCGGCGAGGUUGAGCAUCAUAUCCGACGAUUGUUGCCUGGUGCUAGAAGCGUCGCUGUAGACAUUGUUUGUGCAGCCGAAGAUGCGCUUGAGGAGUCACCCAUCCUCGUUGCCUUUGUCCUGAUGCGCGCAGGACCGGGCGACAGCAAGGGCGCACAUCUGCUGGCUGCGCCAACAUUGACGUUUCAGAAGCAGUCAAUGAUGCUGCAAAGCCUCUUGAAAGAGGUCCUGCCUUCGUUCAUGGUACCGACGACAUACGUCGAGUUGGCCGUGCUCCCAAAAACGAGCACGGGCAAGCUGGAUCGGCGAAGAAUGCGCGAGGCGGCGGCGGCAAUGAGUCGCCGGGAUCUCAUCGGAUUCUCUGCCACGCGGGCUACCUACAGGGAGCCAGGUACAGAAGAAGAGACUGCCAUCCGGGACCUCUGCGAGCAGGUCCUUCAGCUAUCCAGAGGCGAAGUUGGUAUGGACGACACGUUCGUGGAUCUCGGAGGAGACUCUCUCAUGGCGCGCCACCUAAUCACCCGCGCCAAGUCAAAGGGGCUAUCAAUAUCACUACAAGAGCUCUUUCAACCUGAAACGCUGGCUCAGAUUACACAAAACACCCGGGACAGAACAGAGCACGAAGCACCCCAACAACUCAGCAGCCCCGAGGCAUUCACUGCGCUGCGGCAAGACUUCAUGGGUAAUCUACCGGAAGCGCUCUGUAAAGAUGAUGUUGAAGAUGUAUUGCCCACAUUGCAAACUCAAGCAGCGUAUGCUUCAAGUCGAGUGGUCGAUUGCUUCCCGCUGCAUAUUUCCGGGUCGGUCGAUGCAGUGCGGCUGCGUGGCGCCUGCCAGGCCCUCAUCGCACGGCACCCAAUCCUGAGAACUGUUUUCCACUUAUUACAGGAAAACUUAGUUCAAGUCGUCCUUCGAGAGGUACAUGCGCCUUGGUCGGAGCACAAGUGCGACAGCUGGACCGCGGCCGUCCACUGGGUGGAGGAGCUCUGGACACAAGAGCUGAAGAAGCGAUACGACAUCGGCAAGCCUAUCAUUGGAUUCUCUCUCGUCACUGUCGAGGCAGAUGCGCGCCAUAUACUCGUCAUGCGAUUGUGCCACGGGCAAUAUGAUGCGCUCUGCUUGCGGCCGCUCAUCAAGGACAUGUGGGCGGCAUACCAAGGCGCAACUCUAGCAAUUAAGCCAGAGUUCCGGAUGCAUGUGGAGGAAUGCUAUCAAAGACGUACUGCGCAAGCAUACAACAUAUGGCGCGGCAUCCUGAAAGGCUCUCAGCCGAAUCUCCUGUUCCCGCAGGCGCCGGCGGCGGAUGAUGAGGCCACGCUCUCAUUGACGACGCUGCAGCUGCCCGAGAUCCGCCCGCUCGCCGGUGUAACCGCAGCUAGCAUGGUGAAGGCGGCCUGGUACGAGGCACUGUGGCACGAGACGCGGCAGGAAGACCUCGUCUUUGGGCAGUUCCUCCACGUGUGGUCCGGGGCCGACGACGACGACGGUGGAGGCGUCGUUGGGCCGUGUAUGAACGUGAUUCCGGUGCGCGUCCGACCAUCACAGGGCCGUACGCGACGCCAAACCCUCCAGGCUAUCCAGGCCCAGCACGCCGAGACGGCGUCGCCGGCCGACGCGCUCGGCUGGCGCGACAUUGUGGCCAACUGCACCGACUGGCCCGCGGCGACAGGGGCGGACUCUGUCGUGCUGCACCAAAACUUUGACCGCGAUAUCGAGGUCAUCGCCGAUGGCAUAGUCUGUAAAAAGGAGACGCCGAUGCUCUCGCACUGGGCGGUGUUUCCCCUGCUGCUGGUGACGCAUCCGAGAAAGGGCCGGCUGGAUGCCCUGCUCCUGAUGUCGUCGAGGUAUCGAGGCUUGUGCGACCCAGUCACCAUGUUGAACAAUUUUGCGAAGGCGUUGGAGCUGCUGGAGAGCCAUGCAGAUGAGGCUGUUAAUGGCGAAGCGCUAUAA